ACAAAUAGACACCAACCCACCAUGCACCUUAGCCAACACUGUCAUUACUUAGUGCAGCUAUUUGCAUUAACUUUAGCUAGCAAUCUAUAGGUGUGUUGUUUUGACCAGGUGGGAAAUUCAACAGGUAGUCAAAACAAGUGCAAGAAGUAUUAGUCUAGUACAUGCAUAAAUACACCUGUGCUGUCCACAAUAAUGAAUUCACCGUAAUAUAAUUUCACUCCUUUAUUAACAUCUUUCCAAUUACCUUCCAGACAGAUACAAAUUUAAAAGUGAGAAAAAAAAAUCAAAGACAUACAAAAAUGUGUUUGCUUGUGAUAGUAGGGAAACUAGAGAAAGCAGCAUGGAGAAGCCAAAAAUGCAAAGAUAGAAGGCAAGACAAAAUAGUUAAAUCUGUAAAAUGGAUCUUGUAAAUAGUCUCAUCAGUACAAACAGCAUACUGUCUGUACUGAAACAACCUCCAUGAGCCGAUUCUAAAAACCCUUUGACCCGUUUUUUUCAUUUGGCAAAAGGGGUAGGCAAGGACUUAGAAUAUUUUACCCUUAAAGAUGUAGCAGACUAUGCCACCCUGGGACUUGCACCCAGGGAGUACACCAAGUUACUAUUAACUGAGACCAAAGUCACAGGUUCAUAUGUAUGAGGAGAGGCAGAUUUUCAAACAAAAACUGUUUUUUUUUUUAUAAAAAUAUGAAUAAUAAAUCAAGCACUAAAAUGGUAUUACAUCAAUCUAUGAAGAACAACUUUGCUUAACACAAAACUAAUCAAAACAAAAAAACACAAAGGAGCAGGGCUAGAGCUUACCAGAUGAAGAUAAGCUAUCCAUUUGCGUGGUUGAGUAUGACGCCAGUAAGCCACAUGUAUACACAGCAACCACAGAUGAACUAUCUAGAUAUGGUGAGGAAAAGAGCAUGCAUUGAAUACCCACCACCAGGUCUACCAGCCCCCUCACCUGAGACCCCAGCUCCUAUUAACAGAAAUAACAAAAAGAACAAUUACACUGGUCUACAAAUUUUGGGAAAUUAUCAACCUCAGAGAUAAAAUGUGCUAAUUCUUACAUAUUUUGAUUAGAUGAUUUAGAAAACAGGUGAUAAAGGUGCUGGUUGGCUAAAGUUUUCAAGAUAUUUCACGAUAAAGAUUUAUAAUUAUCUAUACACAGGUGAGUAUAUUUGCCUGCAAGGGAGGGGGUUGUCUGAUGAUCAUGAUGCCUCAUAACUUCUCGACAAAGUACGGUAGAACAAUGAAAUGGUACCAUUUAUGAAAUUUAUGAAAGUUUAUAAAUUUAUCUUUGAGACUAAAGAUUAUUACUUAACUGUUAUUUAUUGGUCUUUUAUUGCAGAGUACAUUUGUCUUGGCCAGAUUCUUAAAAUCGCUAUAAAAAUAAAAUUGAAUUGAAUUGAAUUCAGUCAAUUUGAUAAAUUCAGACCAAAACUGAAUCAAGACUGCAUAAAAAAAAUACAUAUAAAGAAUGCAGCAGUAACCGCUGACAAUCAGUCAUGAGCAAAACUCCCAAAGAGGCAAAAUAGCAGCCUAGUCUGAAGCAGGACGUAGACCACAAUGCCAAAAAAAUUAAUGUUGAAACUUGUAAACAGGGAAAUUAGCAACUGAUAAUAUUAACUUAACAAAAAAAUGUAACAAAUUACAUACAACAUAAGACUACAUGCCAAAGAACUGGAUGCAUACCAGAAAACUUAGACCUAGCAUUAAUGUUGUUCCAAAAAAUAGGAUUCAUGGGGACAAUCCAGGCUUCAUGCUUUGAUACUUGCAAGCUGAAUGAGCUUAAACUGUGCUUAACAAGCUUAAACUUCAUCCAACAGCCCUAGUCUUUAACAGGGUAGAAAAUUUUGCUAAAUCAUUAUAUAAACAGGACAGACGCAAAGUGAAAAGAAUUAAGAAAGAUAGAGAUAUACUGCACUAGUGUUAGCCAAAGAAACACCACAAGAAUGAGCAGGUGCUCAAAAGCUUAGAGCACAGUGAGUUACCAGCAACUUAUAUACACAUUUCCAGACUGGCUAUUAAUUACUUAAUCACUAUUAAUUACUGCCUGAAUUAGGAACAUGCCUUAAAGGGGCAGGUGCCAAUAUUCAUCCCGCCACAGUUACAUAUGGAGAGUCAGCAAUACUGACCAGUUUGAGAGAAAGAGAGAGAGAAACACUGCCUUAGCAGUGUUUUAGUAACUGAUUAAUUAAUGUUUAUCAAUUUAAACCUCUGACAUAUCUCAUGUUCCCUACAAGGUAACAUUGCAUAUUUGCUGAUGGAAAGAGAGGUGAUAUGCUGUACACAAGUAUACACACACAUGUACACACAAAAAUGACUGUGCCUUUAUGCAGAAGUCUGAAGAAGUAUUUUUAUUUCCCCAUUCAUUGUUUGCAAAUCAAACAUUCCAAAUAAGGACUGAGCCCCUAUAAGAGUUAAACUCCAUAAUCACCCUUGAUAAGAAACUAGAUUAUAUCAGUGCAUUGUAGAACAUUAAAACCACAUGCCAAAUAUUGUGUAGGUUCAGCUUGUGCUGCCAGAAUAGCUCUGACUUGUCGAGGCAUGGACUCCUCAAGACCUCUGAAGGUGUGCUGUAGCAUCUGGCACCAAGAUGUUAGCAGCAGAUCCUUUAAGUCCUAUAGGUUGCAAGAUGAGGCCUCCAUUUAUUGGACUUGUUUGUCCACAUCCCACAGAUGCUCGAUCAGAUUGAGACCUGGGGAAGUUGGAGGCCAAGUCAACACCUUGAACUCUUUGUCAUGUUCCUCAAACCAUUCCUGAGCAAUUUUUGCAGUGUGGCAGGGUGUAUUAUCCUUCUGAAAGAGGCCACUGCCUUUAGGUAAUACCAUUGCCAUGAAGCGGUGUACUUGGUCUGCAACAGUGUUUAGGUAGGUGGUACUUGGCAAAGUAACAUCGACAUGAAUGCCAGGACCCAAGGUUUCCCAGCAGGACAUUACCAAGAGCAUUGCCUCCGCCAGCUUGCCUUCUUUCAUCCUGGUGCCAUCUCUUCUCCAGGUAAGCGACGCAUGUGCACCCCGCUGUCCACAUGAUGUAAAAGGAAACGUGAUUCAUCAGAUGAGGUCACCUUCUUCCAUUGCUCCAUGGUCCAGUUCUGAUGCUCACAUGCUCACAGCAUGGGCACUCUGACCAGUCUGCGGCUACGCAGCAACAUACGUAGCAAUCUGUGAUGCACUGUGUAUUCUGACAUCUUUCUAUCAUUGCCAGCAUUAACUUUUUCAGCAAUUUGUGCUACAGUAUCUCUUCUGUGGGAUUGGACCAGAUGCGCUUGCCUUCGCUCCCCAUGCACGUAAUGGGCGCUCAUGACCAUGUCAGUGGUUCACAGGCUGUCCUUCCUUGGACCACUUUUGGUAGGUACUAACCACUGUAUACUGGGAACACCCCACAAGACCUGCCAUUUUAGAGAUGGUCUGACCCAGUUAUCUAGCUACCACAAUUUGGCCCUUGUCAAAGUUGCUCACAUCUUUACACUUGCCCAUUUUCCUGCUUCCAACAAAUCAACUUUGAGAACUGACUGUUCACUUGCUGCCUAAUAUAUCCCACCCCUUGAUAGGUGCCAUUGUAACGAGAUAAUCAACGGUAUUCACUUCACCUGUCAGUAAUUUUAAUGAUGUGGCUGAUCGGUGUACCUGAAAGGCUGAAAUCAUGUCAAACACAACCAACAAAGCAAAACAAAAAAAAUUAGCAAACAUUUUUACAGCAGUUUCAUUUUAUUGUUUGCUUUAUAUGCAUAAAUCUGAUGGAAACUUAGCUCACCAAUGAUCUACAGUCCACGCUAAUGUUAAAGAAUUUUUAAAAUCCUUGGAUUUAGUCAUAACAUAGUCUUAACGAUUAAAGCAGCAGUUCUUACAUACGACUGUACAGUAUCCAUGUGAGAUUAUUCUCUGAAGCAUGAGAGGCACAAGCUGGGCACAAACUGAUUUUUGGAAGUGUCGGAAACCAUUUACAGCAGCAGCGCCGUCAACACACCUCAGAAAUCAUGUGAGAACCUCUAUGCCUGUGAACCCACCUGAUCCGUGCCUUUACCUAAGAAAAACAAAAUGCCUGACUGAAAAAAAAUAGGUUUUCAACCUAGACUUAAAGCCUGAGACUGGGUCUGAGUCCUGAACACUAAUUGGAAAGCUGUUCCAUAGUUGGGGGGGUGUUGUAGGGAAAAAAAAGACACUACCCGAUGCUGUAGUCUGCACUGUACUAGUUACUGACAAACAGCCUGCACCUUUUAUUUAAAGCAAAGCAAGCAUGGUGGAUCAUAAUAGACCAAGAGUUUGCUCAUGUACUGUGGGGCAGAUUUCAAUAUGUAGUCAUUUUUUCCACAAAAAGUAAACCAUUAAGAAAGAAAUUAGCAGCCAGGUGUUACUAAUGAAAUACACAAGAUUAGUUAUUCAUUAAGAAGUGUGACUACCUCUAUAAAAGCAGAAUUUUUUUGACAGUUUGGUGUUCUGGGGCACUCACGGUGAUGUCUAAAUCAUGCCAAGAAGAAAGGACAUCAGCCAUGUUCUCAGAGAAGCAAUUGUUGUUGCUCACCAAUCUGGGAAGGGUUAUACGGCCAUCUCCAAACAAUUUGAAAUUCACCAUUCUACAGUGAUAAUGAUUCUUUAGAAAUUAAGAGCCUUCAAGCGGUUGCUAAUCUUCCCAGGAGUGAGCAUCCCAGCAAAUUCAGUCAAGGUCAGACCAUUUAAUGCUCAGAGAUAUAAAUAAAAAUCCAAGAGCCACAUCGUGUGACCUACAGGCCUCUGUAAGCACAUUAAAUGUUUAUGUUCACGACAGCGCAAUCACAAAAAGACUGAACAAGUAUGGCUUUCAUGGAAGGGUGGCUAGGAAAAAGAAUAUGACAGCACAACUUAAGUUUUCAAAAUUGCAUCUGAUCAAAGAUUGUUCUGGAACAAUAUCCUUUGGACUGAUGAGAUUAAGGUGAUGUUCGGUCAUCAUGCACAGUGCCAUAUUUGACAAAAACCAAAUACGGGGUAUCACAACAAACACCUCAUACCAAAUGUCAAGCAUGGUGAUAGAGGGGUGAUGAUUUGGGCUUGUUUUGCAGCCAUGGGACCUGGGAAACUUGCAGUCCUUGAGACAACGAUGAACUCCAUUUUAUACUAGAAUAUUCUUGAGACAAAAGUGAGGCAAGCUGUCCAGCAGCUGAAAUUGGGUCACUCAAAAGGACACUGAUCCCAAGAACACCAGCAAAGGGACAUCUGAAUGGCUAAGAAGAAAAAAUCAAGCUGUUGGAAUGGCCAAGUCAAAGUCCAGACCUCAACCCUAAUGAGAUGCUCUGGUGGGAUCUUAAGAGAGCUGUGUGAAUGGUGGAGAGCAUCUAGUUGGGCACAGGGAUAAUGAUCUCCAAGCUAAGACAUCUCCCUCAUGGCCCUGGAGUUUGGCCUUCCUGUCAUAUCACACAGAAUGCUGGUUGCUAAGUAUCAUACAACAAUAACUAUGAAUUACAGUGCUGGUCAAUAUAUAAGAAAAUAACAUUUAAAAAUUUGUGUGUUUGCAUGUGUAUGUGUCCUGUUGUAGGUAAAUACAUGACAUUUGUGAUGAACCCACUCCUGUACCCAGCUGUCAUUAAGCAGGGGAAGCAGCUGGACUUCCAUGAAUUUUCAGAUGCAGCAGCUUCCACAACUUUUGGCUACCCUGCUGUACGCACUGGAAGGUUCCCUGGCUUGAGUGACAAAAUCCAGAGAUCAUUCCUGCUGCUUCAGGGCUCCGCUCUUAACUUUCUCACUCUCAAAAUGAUGGGAAACUUACAGCUGGUCUUACAACAAGACUUCUUGUCCAGCCAUGAGGUUGGAAGUGAGUGUGAGUGGCAGGAGGAGGGCCUAUAUGAGUUCUGUGAACGUGUGAUGUUUAAGGCAACUUUUCUAACACUGUAUGGACGACCCCCACACACAAACAUGGAUGUUCACGCACACUUUCACAGGGAGAGGUGGAUAGAUGCACUGCGGGAUAACUUUAGGAAGUUUGAUGCAAUGUUUCCUCUGCUGAUCACCCGAAUACCCAUUGGUCUGCUGGGAAGAACUAAAUCUAUUCGGGAGCAACUAAUCAGGUUUUUCCAUCCUCAACGAAUGGCAGAAUGGACCAGUCCAUCAGAGUUCAUACAGGCACGUAAGGAUCUUUUCCAACAGUACGACACACUCAAAGACCUGGACAAAGCAGCUCACCACUUUGCAAUUCUGUGGGCAUCAGUGGGGAACACUAUCUCAGCAUGCUUCUGGUGUCUAUACCACCUUCUCUCCAGCCCACAGGCAUUUUCAGUUGUGCGAGAGGAGAUAAUGGGCUUGUUUGGAGAAAAGGAGCCUGAGUCUAUUCUUAGUCGUGACAUAGUGACUCGAGAGCAACUUGAGAAACUGAUUUACCUCGAGAGUGCUAUUAAUGAGAGUCUCCGUCUUUCUUCUAUCUCAAUGAAUAUCCGGGUGGUUCAGGAGGAUUUCUGUCUGCGUCUGAACCCGCACUCCUCAGUUUGUGUGCGUAAAGGAGACAUAGUUGCUCUUUACCCCCAGAGCACCCACUUGGACCCUGACAUCUACCCAAAUCCACAGCAGUACCAGUUUGACCGGUUUGUGGAGAAUGGGAAGGUGAAGACAGAAUUUUACAAAGGCAAUCAGAAGAUGGCAGUGUGGAUACGGUUCCUGAUUGUGGUGGCUCUGCUGCUGUUCAGGGCCUGCUUGUUGGGUGCAAAUGGCAACUGCAACCCUCUUAUUGUAGAGACGGACAGUCUUUUAGCAGAGAGAACACAGCAGCAGCAUCUGCGUGCACUUUUCCUGAAGUAUGGUGAGAAUGGGACCAUCUCAUUGUCUGGUCUGCGAAAGCUGCUUGAGGGGUUGGGACUAGACCGCAUCAGGAGAGUAACAGUGCAACACCAUGGAAACAAACAUGAACACACACACUUGCAUACACACUCACUAACACAUGCACACAAACAUGCCGCACCCAUACAUUCUGCUGGUAGCAAGAAGGAUGGUGAUGUUUCAAGUGUGGAAAAGAGUGACUCAACCUCCAGUGUGCAUCCUGACUCUAUUUCCAUGAAGAAGAGCCAAUCGGAUAUUCACCACAAUCUCUACAUGAAGAGAGAUUCUGAUCCCACUGCUAUCCUGACCACACCGUCAUAUGUCACCAAAUCACGCCGGGUAGAACGCAGUGCAGACUACAACCUCAUGGACUCGGACUCUUCCCAGCCCAAUGCAACAUACUCCAACGACACAUACCACAGUGAGAGCACAUCCACACACAACCUGGAUGACCACCAUGAUGAGGAUGAGCAUAGCCCAUUAAGCUAUAACAGUCAUGAGUGCCAGAAUGCCACCAUGAUUCUGCAGAUGCAUGGCAUGUCCCAAGAAACGACUCUCUCUGUUAAUGACUUCAGCUUCCUUUGUCCUGCCCUCCUUGUGCAGAUUGAUUUUAAGUCCUGCCUUCUGCAUGCUGACAACCAAUCAGACUAUAAAGAUCACUUUCACCAUCACCACCAUCAACAUGAUAAAGCUAUUGGAAAACACCAGAAGAAUCCUUCCAUUCAUAUGGCUUGGAUUGGAGGUUUUCUCUCUAUCACAAUAAUCAGUUUGCUGGCUCUGGUGGGCGGAGUCCUAAUACCACUCAUCAACAAAGUCUGUUUUAACUUCCUGCUCAGCUUCUUGGUUGCCCUUGCAGUAGGCACGCUCAGUGGAGAUGCCCUCCUGCACCUUAUCCCACAUUCUCAGGGUCACCACAAGCACCAUCAUGCUGCCAGUGAGAGCUUGGACCAUGGUCUCCAUGGCGACAGUGAAGAUUCCCUUAAGCCUGUUUGGACAGGGUUGACUGCAUUGGGGGGAGUCUACAUCAUGUUCCUCAUUGAGCACUUCCUGACCCUUGCAAAAAUGUUCAAAGAUAAAAAACAAAAGGUGCAGAAGAGAGCAGACUUUGCUGUUGAAAUUUUAGAUUCUCAGAACGUGGCAGACCCUAACAUUAAACCACUGGAUGACUCUGAGGUAAAUGGCAGGCAUGCAUGGGGACAGGGUCUGCCAGAGGAGGAAGAAGUGAUGUUAUCUCAGGGUUGUUACACAGAUGAAGAUUGUGAGAACAAGUGCCACUCCCACUUCCACGACACUGUUGGCCAGUCAGACGAGCAGCACCACCAUCACCACAACUACCACCAUAUUCUGCAUCACCACCACUCUCAAAACCAUCACCCCCACACUCACACACACAGACAUACACACUCUUAUUCUGUCCAACAUUUCGAGAAUGCUGGGGUUGCCACCCUUGCCUGGAUGGUCAUUAUGGGGGAUGGCCUGCACAACUUUAGUGAUGGGCUGGCUAUAGGAGCAGCCUUUACAGAGGGUUUAUCUAGUGGUCUUAGCACUUCAGUCGCUGUGUUCUGCCAUGAGCUUCCUCAUGAGCUGGGGGAUUUUGCAGUUCUUGUGUUAUUAGAUCUGUUGUGUUUUAGAUCUGUUAGAUUAGAUGUGUUUGAUACUCAUUUGAUGGUAUCCUCCUCUCUCGCCUUGAACAUUGUGUGGGCAUCCAAGGUAUUGGUCAUAAAUGGUUUACUUUCCUAUCUGUCAAACAGAAGUUUCUCGGUUUGCCUUGGGAAAUUUUCUUCUGCUGCAGCUCCUCUUACUUGUGGGGUCCCACAGGACUCUCUUUUAGCUCCUGUUUUGUUUUACUUAUAUAUGCUGCUGUUAGGGACUAUCUUUAGGAAACAUAAUGUAUCAUUUCACUGCUUUGCGGACAAUUCUCAAAUAUACCUACCUUUGAAAUUGAAUGACACAAAUGCUUUACAACCCCUGGCUUGGCUUGUUUAAAUGAUUUGAAAUCAUGGAUGCCAUUUAAAUUUUUUGAAUCUCAACGAAAACAAAACAGAGAUUGUUGUAUUUGGUCCUUCUGAUGAAUAUUAUAUCUGGAAUCAACUUUGGCCUAUUAACUUGCUUCUUUCAAUUUGUUUUUAAAUCUCUAAAUGGAUUGGCAUCAGCCUAUAUAUCCAAUCUCUUAUCCAUGCACAAUCCAUGAAGGUCCCUUAGUUCAGAACAGAGGCUGUUGACUGUUCCUAGGUCAAGAUUAAAAUUGAGAGAUGAUCAUGUCUUUUCAUUAGUUGCCCCAAAACUAUGGAACAGUCUACUCAUUCAAACUGAACUGCUUCAACGUUAUAUGAUUUCAAAUCUAAGUUGAAGUUAUUUGUUUUCUCUGGCUUUUAAUGCAUCAUAGAGAGUAUUUGAUCUCAGUUUAUCUGUGUUGUGUGUGCAACUGUUUGUUCCGUUUUGUUUUUUUUUGUUUUUUUUGUUUUUUAGUUUCUGUAUGUACAGUGCUUUGGUCAACACUGUUGUUUUAAAUUGUGCUAUAUAAAUAGAUUGACAGUGAUAUAAAAAGUCUACACACCCCUGUUACAUUUGGGGUUUUUGUGAUGUAAAAAAUGAAACCAAGUGGAAAAACAAAUAUAAACAUUUUAGGGGAAAAAAAACUUAAAAUAACCUGAGUUAAAUGAGUGUGUAUACCCUUUAACUAAUACUUUGUUAAAGCACCUUUUGCUUCUUAUACAGCACUCAGUCAUUUUUGAGUAAGAGUCUACCAACUUGGCACCUGUUGAUUUGGCAUAUGUUAUUCCUUGCGAAAAUGCUCCAGAUCUGUCAAUCUGUGAGGGGAUCCCUUGUGCACAGCUCUUUUAAGUCAUUCCAUAGGCUUUUGAUGGGAUUUAGAUCUGGGAUCUGACUGGACCAUUACGAAAAGUUUAUCAUCUUCUGAAGCCAUUCCUCUGUUGACCUGGAUUUUUGUUUUGGGUGAUGCUGGAAGGUAAACUUUUUCUUCAUAUUCAGCUGUCUAAUAGAGGUUUGCAGGUUUUGUGUCAAAAUAGAUUGGUAUUUGGAGCUAUUGAAGAUUACCUCUGUCCUGACUAGAGCCCCAGUCCCAGCUGAAGAGAAGCAGCCCCAUAGCAUGAUACUGCCACUACUGUGCUUCACUGUGGGUAGGGUGUUUUUUGCACCAAACAUGUCUUUUAGAAUUAUGCCCAAAAAUCUCCUCAGACCAUAACACAUUUUGCCACAUGGUCUGGGGUGUCUGUCUGUUUUGGCAAAAUGUAGACAGGCUUGGAUGUUUUUUUUUUUUUUUUUAAAUGUGAGAAAGGGUUUCUAUCUACCUACCCUGCCCCAUAGCCAGCCCAUGUGAUUAGGGCUGCAACUAACAAUUAUUUUAAAUUAAAUUCACACACUGGGUGUUACAAAUGUAAAUUUCAAAGUAAAACUUUACAUUAUCGCAACAUUUUGUCCAGUUAUUUUAGCAGCAGAACUUUUUUUUUUUUUUUACAUAAAUGAACAAAACAAAACCACAAACUGUGUUUCUCAAAGAGGUAGAACUACAAAGUGCUAGACCAUCACUGUUUGUUUAAACAGUCAAUCUUCCAUAAACUUUGAAUUGAAAUGCAAAAAAGUCAACAUAUCCACAUGCUCCUGGCUGAGACUGGCUCUCUUUUUGCAAGCUAUGUUGCCUGCAGCAGAGAUGAGGCGCUCAGAUGGAGUUGAGGUACCUGGGAUGCAUAGGUAGGAUUUUGCAAGCUUUGCCAAGGUGGGAUAUUUUGCGUGAUUAACUCCUCCACCAGUCCAAAGGAAUCUCUUCAGCUUUCUCCUCUUUAUUCUCUUCCUCACUGCUGCCUCCAGACUCCAGGAGUGAGUCAAGGUAAGAGCCAGAUGUUGAAGGUUCAUCAGCUGCAGUCACAGUUGAAGUGGAUGAUUUCUGCUGCAACAUCUCCCUUCUUACGGCAAGCGCCUCUGUUUGCCUGCACAUUUGUCAUUUGUUCUGGUGUUAGAAAUUUCAUCCUUCGGAACUUUGGAUCUAGGGCAGAGGAGAGAAUUACUGUUUGGUACUUGCUGAAAAAUAAUGUCCUUCCAUCUAGUUUGAAGCUGCUCUUUUGCAAUGGCCUGGAAGGACUUCAGUGGAGCUGAAUCAAAGGCUGCACCCUCAGUGGACCUCAACAGUCCUUUCACAAGUGCAGGCACUGAAGAGAUUAUGAUAUAUUCUUGUCCACUCAUAAACACAGUGGCACAUUCAAAAGGCUUAAGAGCAGUGGAAAGCUCUUCAAGCAGUCUCCACUGGUCAGGUUUUAAGUCAAGAUAGUGUUUGCCUCUUUGUGUGAUGGAUGGGUCAGAGAGGGUUGCAGUGACUUGGCCACCUUUGCUCAGUCACUCGGUUAAUCAUGUAGUACGUACUAUUCCAUCUAGUACUUACAUCCUGAACAAUUUUGUGCUCAGAUGAUCCCAUCUGUUUCUGUUUUUCUUUGAGCUUUCUGCUGGCUAGUUCACUUUUUUUAAAAUGUUCAACUAGACAUCUUGCAGCCCCAAUGGCUGUAUUCUUUAAUGCAGCAGUGAUCACCAGCUGCAGUGUGUGGCCAGUCCGGCGGAUACUGAUCCAUCCAAGCUUCUUCUCCAGUAUGUUUGCUGCAGCCACAAUAUUGGCACCAUUGUCAUGUACAAUGGCAAUGAUUUUCUCUGUGGGAAUUUCAAACUUCGUCACUACAUCCUCCAACCAUUCUGCGAUGUUUGCUGCUGUAUGUCUGUCUUCGAGUGGCAUGGUAAUGAGGCAGACAGACAUCAUCUUCCUCUCAUCCCCUAUGUAAUGGCAUGUAAUGCCAAGGUAGGCUUCAGUGGCUACACUUGUACAUAUAUCAGCAGUUAAAGCAAUUCUUUUCUCACUAUUGUUGAUGUCACCUUUUACCUUCUGGAAUGCCUCCUGGUACUUUCUCUCCAUCAGUUUAGUAAAAUCUGUUCUUGAAAUAAGUGUGUAUCCUGGAUUGAGUAUGCUGAUCAUGCUUUUAAUACCUUGGUCUUCAACCACUGACAGUGGCCGCAUGUCAGUGACCAGCAUUUUGAGGAUGGCAUCAGUUACAACAGCUGCUUCUUGUGGGGUGCAUGGCUGAUUUUUUUCUCUGAACAAACUCACUCAUGGUGCGCUGUUUCUUUCUGAAAUGAAAAAAGGUGCUUUUCAGGUGCUCGUGCAUCACUGUCGUGCUACUGUGCCACAGGAGCUCCACUUUGAAAAGUUUGCAAGUUACAACUUUCCUCACAGAAUUUAAUGUAAAGUGCUCCCAUACCUUAGAGGACUUGGGUCACACACUUUUUCCGCUGUUGCUGCACAUGUACUCUCCGCCAUUCUUCUGAAGUGCAUCUGUUUUUGCCGAAACGCUAUGACCAAACGUGUCGUGAAGUGUCAUGAAGGUCAACUAAUCGAUAAUGAGAUUCGUUGACAACGAUUUUCAUUAUCGAUGUUAUAGAUUAGUUGUUUCAGCCCUGCAUGUGAUGAAUACGAGAGAUUGUGGUUACAUGCAGGGAGUGACCAGUACUCACGUCAUAUUCUUGCAGCUUCUUUAAGGUGGAUUUAUACUUUAACUUCAUGUACACCAUGAUGGUUGCUGCAUCCUACAGGCACUUGGUGCAACGCUUAUGCACAUCCUCAGAAAUUAACUCUAUGCACCUCUGUGAUGCAAUACCAACAUAAUAGUGGAGGCAGUAUUGCACCCUGUGAUACCAUGCCCACAACUAACUAAACAAAUUAACAUUGUGUCUCAAAUCGCAUACUUAUGUAUAUUCUUGAUCGUUAUCGAGUACUACAGUUAUUUCCUAAUACAGUUAGUCUUUGAAUUUUAAAAACCUCUUAGACCUACCAAAAGACCUGUUUUCAGUACCAGUCUUCUGGAUUUUCUAGAUUACUAAAUAUUUUUGAAUGUGUGGUGAGGGUUUUUGAUUUGAGAUGCAGAUCAUGACAACAGUCAUGCCCAUGGCAGAAAGUUUUAAAGCGAAACAGAGCUCAUCAGUCUGUAUAACAGCGCUGUGCAUGAAAUCGCUAAACAUUACAGCUCAAUUACAAAACAUUACAGCUGCGAUUGGAAACCCAAUUUACUGAGAUGUUAUGGCUCUGAUGUGCCAUUUAAUGGAUGCCGCUUUUAAUCCUCCACAUUUACGUAAGAUACGUAAGCGAGUAUGUGAGCAAUAUCACUUGUGUAGCAUCUGCUUGUGCACGUGUAUGCAUGGGGAAAGUGACGUAUGUAUGCACCUUUAAUGUUGCUUUAGGUCUAUUGGCAGCCUCCCUGAUAAGAUUUCUUCUUGUCCUUACAUCAAUUUUGGAAGCCUGUCCUGUUCUCGGUAAUGUCACUCUGGUGCCCUAUUUUCUCCACUUGUUGAUGAUGGCCUUCAUGUUUGUUCCAUGGUGCAUGUACAGCUGUAUAAUAAUUAAGCAAUACCGCACAAGCAAGAGUGCGGUUAUACUGAAUAUUUGCACAGCUGUGAUUCACCAUAAACGUUUUAUAUUUCCAAGCAGAAAAAGGAGGCAAAUGCAAUGGUCAGUCUCCAGAAAAACUGUGGCAAAUUGUCCAAAAUGUUCAGUUAAACUUGGCAGCCAAUUUCCUUAUAAAAUUUUAAUUAGGGUCACUAAUUACAUUUAAUUAGGCAUUUAAUUACUUACUACAAUUAAUUAGACAUUUAAUUAGGUUUUUUUUUUUUUUGCAUAUUUAAUUAUUUUUGAAGGCUUUUUUGCUUUAGAGUGUUUCUUUGUGUAUGCCUGAAACUUUUGCACUGUACUGUAUAUGAGACAGCAAGGCUUAGGUGUAUCAUGUUAGUUAUUACUCCUCUAGCUCAUCCCAUAUACCCCUCCCAGGUGCAGACCCAUGCUAAGCCAUGCACACACAUGCUGGGAUGGUGUAACUGCUAGGAUCAAACUUCAGUGUAAUGAUGUUGACUGCUAUAUUUGUUGGAUCCAUAUUGUAUGAUAAAACAAUUGCCUUGAGUUACAGCGAUGUAGUUGUAUUUCUUUGGUAUCUGUAAAUAACAAUUCGCGUCACUCCCGCAUCAGAGAAACUAAGCUGGAGUCUUAACAAACUUUAUUUCUUUAU